UAGUCCGUGCUUUCCUCGUUGCCCUGUUCUGUUCAUUGAAUGUGUGCUUCCUGUCUGCUACGGGUUCGCUAGCUCAGCGGCUAACGUUAGCUGCAAGCGGUCCUUUUGUUAAAUGCUUUUCACAGUCGGACAGUUGAAAUGAAGAUGGACUGCUCGAUAGUGUGCCUCUGAAGCUGUCCGUGGGUUAGACAGUGUCUGAUGUUAGCUCAAUGAUGACAUUACCGUUAGCCGCCCUACCAGCUGGCAUUAACAUUCAUCAUCCUCCAUUCAAACAAAAUGGUUGAUUAAACAUUCAUAAGUCGACAUAUUUAACGCCCGCUAUCAUAACUAUUGUGUUUUCCGUCUUGGAAGUGUAGCAUUAUGAUAAUGCUGGUUUAACGUGUUCACCAUAGCGAAUAUAACGUAACGUUAACCGUGAGCUGCUAGCGGUAGCUUACUAGUUAACACCGCUAGUUAGUUUACAACGUACACUUUUAGAAACCAAAUCUGAUAUCCCUAAAUUCAUUGAAAUAGGUCUUCAAUCACGGUGUGUACAUCGUGCGUUUUGAUUCAAUGAAUGAAAUACCAGUGUAUUAAAAAUGCAAGGUUCUGUUGGUGGCUCCAUUGUGGUCGGCCAUGGCGGAGGGGAGCCGCCCAGAACAGUUGAUUACCUCUGGACACAAGGCUCCAGCUGUCGGGCCUCUUGUUACUCUGCUGUCAUUCAAAUGCGGACAGAGUCACUUUAUUCAUGUACACGUGUCCUCUGGUGGAUCUCCCCAAUGCAUGCACAGUCUGUGAGGCCGCUAUGACUGAUGUGUUGUCAGUAGAUAGCGUUACAUGCUCUUAAGGAGUGGAGCCGGGCCGUGAGAAGACAGCCUGAGUGACGUCAGUACUUUAUAUAGUUUGCAUCAAUACGGUUGAAAGUGAAUCAGGACAAACAGCGGGAAGUGCGCUAUUUCACACUGUGCAGGACAGGGCCUUUGUCAGGGUGGUGCCAAGUUCUCCACAUACCAACUGCCCUCCCCUCUGGAGAGGGCUUCAGAUAGAAAGCUGCAGUCCCCAUGGGAAUGAAAGGAGGACCAUCAGUGUUGUUGAGAAUCAAGCCCCAGCUUAUAAUUCAGUGUGCUGUUUCAUAUCUAUGGUUCCAUGGAUUCAACUGUGUUAUAGUCCAGACAUGUGUCAUAAUCCUUUGAUUGUCAUGUUGAUUGGUCAUAACAUUCAUUUUAGAACAGGUAUAUGUAUAGUGUAUAUAGUCUAAAGUUUGUCAUUGUGCAUGCACAAUUUAAAAUAUGAAUGUUGCAUGUUUAAUGGGCCUGGGCCAUAGCAGAUGCAGUUAAGCCAUUUGAUAGGCAUAGAGAGUUGCUUUAUGAUAUGAGUAUAGAUUUAUUCAUCCGUCCAUCCAGUGACCUCCCCGAUGAGUGUCAUGGUUGCACUACUAUGACUAACGUUUGUUUGGCCGUUACACUGACCUCAUCUCUAGGUAGCUCCUGCCAUCCAGAUGUAAAAUGGCAGCAACAGAGAAUAGGAGAGUAUUAUUGAUCCAGACAAUAAUGGAUGAGCCUUUUCUAAGCUUGUCAAGGUAUAAACAGGACCGUGCUCAUGGCCAUUAGGCUUCAAAUUGUAUGAGCAGAAUCUAAGUACGCUCUGGAUCCUGACCUCACGUUGAUGUUCUACUAAAACAUGGAGGCUAAGUGGGACAGCUCUUUGAGCUGUGCUGCCUAAAAUACUACCCAGAUAUUCCCAGGGCAGAUUCUAUGUCCCUCUACGCUGCCUCAUUUGAAUUGGAUUGUAUUAGAAUCAUUACUUGAUUACAUGUCAUAUCUGAAUACGGACAAUAUUGUUCUCCAUGUUACAACUGACUUGGACAUCAUUAGAGCUUGUUUUCCUGUUCUUCAAAGGAACAAGUACAUUUUUUCCUUUUACGUGAUUGUCUUUUUCCCCAAUGAAUAUUGGUCAUUCCAUUGUUCAUUUGCAGCAUAACUGGACUUGCAAAGUGGACCUAUCACAAUGUUGAGAACAAAGCCUGUAAUAAUGUUGUUAGAAGAGCCCUCGGGGAGGGCGGGGCCAGUGGUUUCUGUAGGUCAGCUCUGUAAUCCAUCUCUAUGAAGUCACGUUGAUGACUUGCAGCAUUUGAACACAGCUAUACAGCCUAGAUUUCUACAGUGAGUAUAAACCUAUAUCUUUCUCUUCUCCAAACUCCCUCUCAACCUCUAUGACGUCUUUCAUUGCAGCUGCAUUUGACCGGGGCCCAAAUAAGACCCCCCGCCCCGUCUCUAGGGCGGUCAGUUCAGGCGGCUAACUCUUUCUGCUGCUGACAUCUUGAGACAGUUUGAAUGGAAGAGUACAUCUCAAAUGUACAGUGAUUCUUGAUGCAUUGACUUCUGAAACGUUAUCAUGAUGAACUUCAAACAUAAUGCUUACUGUGAGAGCAUCUUCCUGUUCUGACUACCUACUGCUGAUGGCCUCUUAUUGAUUGUGAGAUGAAUGUUAUGCCCCUACACAGAUUGACAUGUUGACCGUUACUAAACCCAAACUCAAGGUAACCUCUAUGUUUGUCUCACUGUACUUCUGUGUGUUUGCGUGUGUCUCUUUGAGUUGGUAGAGGACGGGUGAUUGGAGUGUAGCUCGGUGAUGGUGUUGUUUUGCUGAGUAAAGCACUGGGAGAGAAGUGGAGGAGGAGCAGGGUCACUGAGCACAGAGAGGCGCAUGGGCUGGGCUACUUCUUGGCUUGCUCUUCUGUACAGCGUAGUCACUGCAGGUGCAAUGCGUCUGACUGUGCUGCGGAGUGGAUGAGCCUUCGUUUCUUCAAUCACUAAUGGACCUUUUAAGGAGUGUACUACAGAUGUACACAUUGCUGCAGAUUAUGACUUCAUCACAGAUGUAGCCUUCUGAUCAACCAAGACCCAAGAAAACCUCAGGAUCCACACUGGAAAUAUCUGAUAAAAUGGACACCACAGGGGCUAAAGUGCUGGAGACAGCCGAAGACAUCCAGGAACGCCGACAGCAGGUGCUGGACCGCUACCGGCGUUUCAAGGAGCUGUCCAUUAUGCGGCGGACGAAGCUGGAGGACUCUUACCGUUUUCAGUUCUUCCGCCGCGACGCUGACGAGUUGGAGAAGUGGAUCCAGGAGAAGCUGCAGAUCGCCUCUGAUGAGAACUACAAGGACCCCUCCAACCUGCAGGGUAAGCUGCAGAAGCAUCAGGCCUUUGAAGCUGAAGUUCAGGCCAACGCCGGGGCUAUUAUCAAAUUGGACGAGACUGGAAACCUUAUGAUCAGCGAUGGACACUUCUCCUCUGAGACCAUUCGAACCCGUCUGGAGGAGCUGCAUCGCCUAUGGGACCUUCUGCUGCAGAGGACAAAGGAGAAGGGUAUGCGUCUCCUGCAGGCCCAGAAACUGGUCCAGUACCUGCGAGAGUGUGAAGAUGCCCUGGACUGGAUCAGUGACAAGGAGGCCAUGGCCUCCUCUGAGGAGCUGGGUCAGGACCUGGAGCAUGUGGAGCUUCUGCAGAAGAAGUUUGAGGAGUUCCAGACUGACCUGGCUGCCCACGAGGAACGUGUGAAUGAGGUGAACCAGCUGGCAACGAAGCUGAUCCAGGAAGCCCAUCCUGAGGCUGAGCUCAUAGUUCGCAAGCAGGACGAGGUCAACGCGGCCUGGCAGCGCCUGAAGGGCCUCGCCCAGCAGAGGCAGGGCAAGCUGUUUGGGGCAGCUGAGGUGCAGCGCUUCAACAGGGAUGUGGAUGAGACUAUCAGUUGGAUCAAGGAGAAGGAGCAGCUGAUGGCCUCUGAUGACUUUGGUCGUGACCUGGCCAGUGUGCAGGCCCUGCUUCGCAAACACGAGGGGCUGGAGAGAGACCUGGCUGCCCUGGAAGAUAAGGUCAACACACUGGGUGGUGAUGUAGAGCGCCUACAGCAGACGCAUCCACAAAAUGCCUCACAAAUCCAUCUGAAGAAAGACGAACUUGUCACCAAGUGGGAACAGAUUCGCACUCUGGCCGCUGAGCGCCACACCCGUCUGAACGACUCCUACCGGCUGCAGCGUUUCACUGCUGACUUCAGGGAUCUGACCAGCUGGGUGACAGAGAUGAAAGCCCUGAUCAAUGCUGACGAACUGGCCAAUGACGUGGCUGGAGCCGAGGCUCUGCUGGACCGCCACCAGGAGCAUAAGGGAGAGAUUGAUGCUCAUGAAGACAGUUUUAGAGCCACUGAUGAAGCUGGCCAGGCCCUGCUCAAUACAGGACACUACGCUUCUGAAGAGGUCAAGGAAAAGCUGGGCAUCCUCGCUGAGGAGAAGGAGUCUCUGCUGGAGCUGUGGGAGGUGCGGAGGCAGCAGUAUGAGCAGUGCAUGGACCUGCAGCUCUUCUACAGAGAUACAGAGCAAGUUGACAACUGGAUGAGCAAACAGGAGGCUUUCCUCCUGAAUGAAGACCUUGGUGACUCCCUGGACAGUGUAGAGGCACUGCUGAAGAAACACGAGGACUUUGAGAAGUCCCUCAGUGCCCAGGAAGAGAAGAUCACUGCCCUGGAUGAGUUUGCUACCAAACUAAUCCAAAACAACCACUAUGCUAAAGAGGACGUGGCCACCCGCAGAGAUGCUCUGCUUAGCCGGCGCAACGCCCUGCAUGAGCGUGCUCAGUCUCGUCGUGCUGCCUUGGAGGACUCUUUCCACCUGCAGCAGUUCUUUAGGGACUCUGAUGAGCUCAAGAGCUGGAUCAACGAGAAGAUGAAGACGGCCACAGAUGAGGCUUACAAGGACCCCUCCAACCUGCAGGGCAAGGUGCAGAAGCACCAGGCGUUUGAAGCGGAGCUGUCAGCUAAUCAGAGCCGCAUUGAUGCCCUGCAGAUGUCUGGCCAGGAGCUGCUGGAUGGAAAGCAUUAUGCCUCUACUGAGACGGCUGGCCGCAUGGAGGAAGUCAGCUCCCAGUGGAAGAAACUGCUGGAGGCCACUGAGCUUAAAGGCAUCAAGCUGCGUGAGGCCAACCAGCAGCAGCAGUUCAACAGGAACGUAGAGGACAUUGAGCUGUGGCUGUAUGAGGUUGAGGGCCACCUGGCUUCAGACGACUAUGGGAAAGACCUGACUAGUGUCCAGAACCUGCAGAAGAAACAUGCACUGCUGGAGGCCGACGUGGCUGCUCACCAGGAUCGCAUCGAUGGCAUAACAAUCCAGGCUCGCCAGUUCCAAGAGGCGGGACACUUUGAUGCUGACAACAUCCGCAAGAAGCAGGAGGCUUUAGUGGGGCGUUAUGAAGCUCUGCGAGAGCCCAUGGCUGCACGCAAACAGAAACUGUCCGACUCUCUGCGGCUCCAGCAGCUGUUCAGAGACGUGGAGGACGAGGAGACUUGGAUCCGUGAGAAAGAGCCCAUUGCUGCCUCUACUAACAGAGGCAAAGACCUGAUUGGUGUCCAAAACCUGCUGAAGAAGCACCAGGCACUGCAGACUGAGAUCACCGGUCAUGAGCCUCGCAUUAAGGCUGUUACCCAGAAAGGAGAAGCCAUGGUGGAGGAAGGACACUUUGCUGGAGAGGAUGUGAAAGUUAAGCUGGCUGAACUACAUGGACGCUGGGACACGCUGAAGGCUAAGGCCUCCCAGAGGAGACAGGAUUUGGAGGACUCUCUGCAAGCCCAGCAGUACUUUGCUGAUGCCAACGAGGCCGAGUCUUGGAUGAGGGAGAAGGAGCCUAUCGUGGGGAGCCCAGACUACGGCAAAGACGAGGACUCUGCUGAGGCUUUGCUGAAGAAGCAUGAGGCCCUGAUGUCUGACCUGAGUGCCUAUGGCAGCAGCAUCCAUGCUCUGAAGGAACAGGCCCAGUCCUGCAGGCAACAAGUGGCACCGACUGAUGAUGAGACCGGGAAGGAGCUGGUCCUGGCCCUGUACGACUACCAGGAGAAGAGUCCCCGUGAGGUUACCAUGAAGAAGGGGGACAUCCUCACCCUGCUCAACAGCACCAACAAGGAUUGGUGGAAGGUGGAGGUGAACGAUCGCCAGGGCUUUGUUCCUGCUGCUUAUGUGAAGAAGCUGGACCCUACCCAGUCCUCGUCCAGGGAAAACCUGCUGGACGAACACGGCAGCAUUGCACUGCGCCAAGACCAGAUUGAUAAUCAGCUUGUCACCAAGGAGGCCUGCAGCGUGUCUGUGCGCAUGAAGCAGGUGGAAGAGCUGUAUGGUACUCUGUUGGAGCUGGGAGAGAAACGCAAGGACAUGCUGGAGAAGAGCUGCAAGAAGUUCAUGUUGUUCCGUGAGGCCAACGAGCUCCAGCAGUGGAUCAAUGAGAAGGAGAGUGCCCUCACUAAUGAAGAGAUGGGCUCUGACCUGGAACAGGUCGAGGUCCUGCAGAAGAAGUUUGACGACUUCCAGAAGGACCUAAAGGCCAAUGAGUCUCGUCUGAGGGACAUCAACAAAGUGGCGUCUGAGCUGGAGUCUGAGGGCCUCAUGGCUGAGGAGGCCCCCAUGGUUCAGGCUCAGGAUGAAGCCGAUUCCAAGACUGCAUCUCCAUGGAAGAAUAUACGCUUGGCUGUUCAAACAACGGCUAACUUUAAUACUAUCAAGGAGCUGAAUAAUCGCUGGAGGUCCCUGCAGCAGCUGGCUGAGGACAGGAGCAACAUGCUGGGCAGUGCCCACGAGGUGCAGCGAUUCCACAGGGAUGCUGAUGAAACUAAAGAGUGGAUUGAGGAGAAGAACCAGGCCCUCAACACUGACAACUACGGUCAUGACUUGGCCAGUGUCCAGGCUCUGCAGCGCAAACAUGAAGGCUUUGAGAGAGACCUGGCAGCUCUGGGGGAUAAGGUGAACUCUCUUGGGGAGACAGCAGAGCGUCUGAUCCAGUCCCACCCAGAGGCAGUGGAUGAUAUCCAGGAGAAAUGCACUGAGCUGAACACUGCCUGGAGCAGCCUGGUGGGACGAGCUGAUCAGCGCAAAGACAAGCUUGGCAACUCCCACGACCUGCAGCGCUUCCUCUCUGACUUCAGAGAUCUGAUGUCCUGGAUCAAUGGCAUACGAGGGCUGGUGUCCUCGGAGGAGCUGGCCAAAGACGUGACCGGAGCCGAGGCCCUCCUGGAAAGACACCAGGAACACCGCACAGAGAUUGAUGCUCGCGCCGGUACCUUCCAGGCCUUUGAACAGUUUGGUCAGCAGCUGCUGGUGCGAGGCCACUAUGCUAGUCCUGAGAUCCAGCAGAAACUGGAGGCUCUAGACCGUGAGCGCGCCGACCUCGAAAAGGCCUGGGUGCAGCGUCGCAUGAUGUUGGACCAGUGCCUCGAGCUCCAGCUCUUCAACAGAGACUGUGAGCAGGCUGAGAACUGGAUGGCAGCUCGUGAAGCCUUCCUUGCUAGUGAUGACAAGGGUGACUCCCUGGACAGUGUGGAGGCCCUCAUCAAGAAACAUGAAGACUUUGACAAGGCCAUUAACGUGCAGGAGGAGAAGAUUGCUGCUCUGCAGUCCUUUGCUGACCAGCUGAUUGGAGCUGAUCAUUACUCCAAACCUGAGAUCUUCAACCGCCGCAAUGAAGUCCUCGACAGGUGGCGCCGGCUGAAGGCUCAGAUGAUCGAGAAGCGUUCCAAGCUGGGUGAAUCCCAGACCCUGCAGCAGUUCAGCAGGGAUGUGGACGAGAUCGAGGCCUGGAUCAGCGAGAAGCUGCAGACUGCAACUGAUGAGUCCUACAAGGACCCCACCAACAUCCAGCUGUCCAAGCUGCUGAGUAAGCAUCAGAAACAUCAGGCGUUUGAGGCCGAGCUGCAUGCCAACGCAGACCGAAUUCGAGGGGUCAUUGACACCGGCAACACCCUGAUCCAGAGAGGAGCCUGUGCUGGCAGCGAGGAUGCAGUCAAGGCGCGCCUCAGCGCUCUGGAUGAACAGUGGCAGUUCCUCGUCAACAAAUCUGCAGAGAAGAGCCAGAAACUCAAAGAAGCCAACAAGCAGCAGAACUUCAACACCGGCAUCAAAGACUUUGACUUCUGGCUCUCUGAGGUGGAAGCUCUUCUUGCCUCUGAGGAUUAUGGCAAAGAUCUGGCCUCAGUGAACAACCUGCUGAAGAAGCACCAGCUGCUGGAGGCUGAUAUCUCUGCCCAUGAGGAUCGCCUGAAGGAUCUGAACGGCCAGGCUGACAGCCUGAUGGGCAGCAACGCUUUCGACACCUCACAGGUGAAAGACAAGCGCGAUGCUGUCAACGGCCGCUUCACUAAGAUCAAGAGCAUGGCUGCCGGUCGCCGCGCCAAGCUCAAUGAGUCCCACCGCCUGCAUCAGUUCUUCAGGGACCUGGAUGAUGAAGAGUCUUGGAUCAAAGAAAAGAAGUUGCUUGUUAGUUCGGAGGACUACGGACGUGAUUUGACAGGAGUACAGAAUCUGAGGAAGAAACACAAGAGGCUGGAGGCCGAGCUGGGAGCCCAUGAGCCAGCCAUUCAGUCGGUGCUGGACACUGGGAAGAAGCUGUCUGAUGACAACACCAUCGGCCAGGAGGAGAUCCAGCAGAGGCUGGCUCAGUUUGUCGACCACUGGAAGGAACUCAAAGACUUAUCUGGAGCGAGGGGACAGAGGCUGGAGGAGUCGCUGGAGUACCAGCAGUUUGUGGCGAACGUGGAAGAGGAAGAGGCUUGGAUUAAUGAGAAGUUGAAUCUAGUGGGGAGCGAGGACUACGGAGAUACACUGGCUGCUGUGCAGGGCUUGCUGAAAAAGCACGAAGCAUUUGAGACUGACUUCACCGUGCACAGGGACAGAGUCAACGAUGUGUGCACUAACGGAGAGGAGCUCAUCAAGAAGAACAACCAUCACAUAGACAACAUCAGUGCCAAGAUGUCGGCUCUGCGAGGCAAAGUGUCUGAGCUGGAGAGGGCAGCCGCUCAGAGGAAGGCCAAGCUGGAUGAGAACUCUGCCUUCCUGCAGUUCAACUGGAAGGCCGACGUGGUGGAGUCCUGGAUCGGUGAGAAAGAGAACAGCCUGAAGACUGAUGACUACGGCAGAGACCUGUCCUCUGUCCAGACUCUGCUCACCAAGCAGGAGACGUUUGAUGCCGGUCUCCAGGCCUUCCAGCAGGAGGGCAUCACCAACAUCACGGCUCUCAAGGACCAGCUGCUGGCCGCCAAGCACGUCCAAUCAAAAGCCAUUGAAGCUCGUCACGCCGCCUUGAUUAAGCGCUGGAACCAGCUGCUGUCCAACUCAGCUGCUCGCAAAAAGAAGCUUCUGGAGGCUCAAGAGCACUUCAGAAAGGUUGAGGACUUGUUCCUGACAUUCGCCAAAAAGGCAUCAGCUUUCAACAGCUGGUUUGAGAAUGCAGAGGAGGAUCUGACGGACCCGGUUAGGUGCAACUCUCUGGAGGAGAUCCGGGCACUGCGUGAAGCCCACGAGGCCUUCCGUUCCUCGCUGAGCUCCGCUCAGGCCGACUUCAACCAGCUGGCCGAGCUGGACCAGCAGAUCAAGAGCUACCAGGUGGUGUCCAACCCCUACACCUGGUUCACCAUGGAGGCCCUGGAGGAGACCUGGAGAAACCUGCAGAAGAUCAUCAAGGAGCGAGAGCUGGAGCUGCAGAAGGAGCAGAGGAGGCAAGAAGAAAACGACAAGUUGCGUCAAGAGUUUGCGCAGCACGCAAAUGCUUUUCACCAGUGGCUGCAGGAGACCAGGACAUAUCUUCUGGAUGGGUCGUGUAUGGUGGAAGAAUCUGGUACCCUGGAGUCCCAGCUGGAGGCCACUAAGCGUAAGCACCAGGAGAUCCGUGCCAUGCGCAGCCAGCUGAAGAAGAUUGAAGACCUGGGUGCAGCUAUGGAGGAAGCACUGAUCUUGGACAACAAGUACACAGAGCACAGCACAGUGGGCCUGGCCCAGCAGUGGGACCAACUGGACCAGCUGGGAAUGAGGAUGCAGCACAACCUGGAGCAACAGAUACAGGCCAGGAACACCACUGGAGUGACAGAGGAGGCCCUGAAGGAGUUCAGCAUGAUGUUCAAGCACUUCGACAAGGAGAAGUCCGGCCGUCUGAACCACCAAGAGUUCAAGUCGUGUCUGCGCUCGCUAGGCUAUGACCUGCCCAUGGUGGAGGAAGGAGAACCUGAUCCGGAGUUUGAGGCCAUACUUGACACCGUGGAUCCAAACAGGGAUGGCAACGUGUCGUUGCAGGAGUACAUGGCGUUCAUGAUCAGCCGCGAGACAGAGAACGUCAAGUCCAGUGAGGAGAUUGAGAGCGCCUUCCGGGCUCUCAGUACAGAGAACAAACCCUACGUCACUAAAGAAGAGCUCUACCAGAACCUGAGCAAGGAGCAGGCCGACUACUGCCUCUCACACAUGAAGCCCUAUCUCGACAGCAAGGGCCGAGAGCUGCCGUCAGCUUUCGACUUUGUUGAAUUCACCCGCUCGCUCUUCGUCAACUGAUCCGUCGUCCACCAGGGACCAAUCGGGACGCGUUUCCCCACACACUUCAAUACGAACACGCAGCUGAAAGUGCAUGAUUGUGCCACUAGGAAUACUCACUAAUAACUGUCUGUACUCUCUAUUUAUCUCGCUCUACCCUUAACUCGUUGUGCUUCUCAUCAUAGCAUAGUGGAUCUGUCUACAUUGGAACGUCAUUGUUUUAGCUUGUGCUUUCAAUGCAUUUAAGAACCUAAUAGUAACAGUGAUGAUGUUACCAACUGCAGUGUGCUUUAAUAAACGCUACUGGUUAGAACUGGAAA